CUGAUGUUCCAUAAAUAUGUUAUUGCAGAUCCUCUGUGGUCAGUGCCCUUGUGCCAAGUAUGGAUGCAAUGAACACCAACUUCACACAAGACCAACCGUUGUUUAGCAGUUUUGUCCCAGUCAAAGAAGAGUCAAGCUACUUUGAGCAAGUGUACACAGAACCCCUGCUGGUAAAUCUACCCACACCUGACUUCAGCAUGCCCUACAACGUCAUCUGCCUCACCUGCACGGUGGUCGUGGUGGGCUACAGCUCCUUUUACAACUUGCUGACCCGCAUGUUCCAGGUGGAUGAACCGAGUCCACCGCUGGCCAAACGCUUGGCCAACCUGCUGACCUAACUGCCGAGAGCAGAUCUGACUCCUGAAAUGUCCAUAUUAGGCAGCUGAGAGAAUCAUGACUUUAAUACAGCAUCUGCUGGAGUUUUAAGAUGCUUUUCAGCCCUGGAAGGACUCAAUGCCAAGUGACUGUUCUGAACUUUUGUUGAACGAAUAAGCUUCCAAGACAGAUGGAUUAGAUGUUUUGUUUUUAUGUUUUGUUUUUGUUUUGUGAUCCACAUAAGCAAAGAUUAGCCACCUUUUUAUGUUUUUUGUUUUGUGAGUCACAAGCAAAAAUUAGCUACUUUUUUUUUUUGUUUUGUGUCACAAAAAAAAAAAUUAACUGCCCUUUUAUGUUUUGUUUUGUUUUGUUUUGUGAGUCACAAAAGCAAAGAUUAGCCACCUUUUUAUGUUUUUUUUUUGUUUUGUUUUAUGAGUCGCAUAAUCAAAGAUCAGCCGCCUUUUUUUGUGAGUCACAUAAGCAAAGAUUAGCCACUUUUUUAAAAAAAAAAUAUAUAUAUUUUGUUUUGUUGAGUCACAUAAGCAAAAACAUUUUUAUGCAGCGUUUUAGAAAACCAUAGCUUGCUAUCAUGUGAAAGUCUCUCAAAGGAACUGCAUGGUUUGGGCAUCUGGGAGAAAUAUACAUGGAAGAGUGUGAUGUUAAGUCGUCUCAGUUUACACCACCUCUUUGAGAGCGUGACCAAGUGUCACAGAAACACAGACACCACAAUCCAACUACUGAAAAUGGAUGUUUAAAAAUGUGGCAAGUAUUUUCUACUUUCUAUAAUGCACUGAUAUUCAAAUAUGUGUUGUUUUGAAGGA